AUGACUCAGGGUUUUAUGGCCAACCCCUCCGGCGGUUCGAAUUCCAGAAGCAAAGAAGGACAAUAUGAAGACAAAGGAAAGCCUGCUGCAAUCAGAUCGAGUAACAUAGUUGCUGCGAAGGCUGUCGCCGAUGCAAUUCGCACUAGCUUGGGGCCUAAAGGAAUGGAUAAAAUGAUACAAGAAGCAAAGGGUGACGUCACAAUCACCAAUGAUGGAGCCACCAUCUUGAAACAAAUGAAACUGCUCCAUCCUGCUGCCAAAAUGUUGGUAGAGUUAUCGAAGGCUCAAGAUAUCGAAGCAGGUGAUGGAACAACCUCUGUAGUAGUCCUCGCUGGAAGUCUUCUCGAUGCCUGCUCAAAACUCCUAAAUAAGGGUAUUCACCCAACAUCCAUUUCCGAUGCAUUUCAAAGAGCUGCAGUGAAAGCCUGUGAGAUUCUUGAAGGAAUGGCCAUCCCUGUAGAUUUAGGAAAUCAGGAGGAACUAGUAAAGGUUGCAACAACUUCACUGAAUUCCAAAGUUGUCUCGCAACAUUCUGAUUCCCUUGCACCUUUAGCUGUCAAGUCUGUUUUGGAUGUUAUCGAUCCAGCUCAUCCUAACUCUGUUUCGUUGGAUGAUAUUCGUGUCGUCAAAAAACUUGGUGGGACAGUCGAGGAUACCAAACUAGUCGAUGGUCUUAUACUCACACAACGUGCUGAAUCGGCAUGCGGAGUUAAAAGGGUAGAAAAAGCGAAGAUUGCUCUUAUUCAGUUCUGUGUUUCUCCCCUAAAACUGAUGUAG